AUGUCUACCUCUCCUGAUUCUAUGCAGCCAGGUUAUGUCACCGCAGUUUGUGUGGGUCCAAAAAUCGUAGGCUCGAUUGGUGUUACUGGUGCAACUCCAGUAAAAUGGGUAGCAUUGAAUAAUUCGAACGAUGGUGAUCGAUUAAGUAUGGUUGGUAAUGAAUUUGUUGUGUACAUUGUUUCUAAAGUUUCCCAACCGCGCGUUUAUUCGUGGUGGAAGCAAAUGGUCAUUAAUAUUGUGCCAAGUCUUUUGAGUGGAACAAUUGGAGCCUUUUUAGCAUAG